UGACGUUUGAUCUCUACUCCCGUUGCCAAGCGCGAGUGUGUUCUCUCGAGCGGCUCGAGUGAAAGCGAGGAUAGUCGGACCAUGGACACGCUGGGAGUUUUCUGUAUUGACCUCGCGGAUGUGCGGUCUUCAACAGUCUGAUGUGGUGAUGAAAUGGUCGUGUUCCGAAAUGUGGAUUAAAAUACAUUGAGUGUCUUCAUUUGGAUUAAGGCGUUGGUCAUACGUGAUUACCCUGUUGUUUUUACCAAGCAUUUCACGCGCUGCUUAUUAUUUGUAUGCAUUUUUUUCUGAGGAGUGGAUUUCCUACAUUCCGUAGCGAUCGGCAACGUUUCAAGAAAUAUAGCCUAAACUACACAUUGUGAACUUCUUAGGCCACAGAAUCCAAACUAGUUAAGAAGGAUGAAUUCCAUACACUCGCGGGUGAAAAGCAAAAGGACGGAAACUCACUUGGGAGCGGAAAGAGAGCACUUUGAAAGACAGCAGCUCAGCAGCAUCAGCAAAGCCAUCACCUCCACAGAGACGCCGGUGAAGGAGAAACAUGCCCGCAGGAUCAUCCUGGGGACGCACAGGGAGAAGGGGGCCUUCACCUUCUGGUCCUAUGCUCUGGGCCUCCCACUGCACUCCAGUGCCAUCCUCAGCUGGAAGUUCUGCCACGUGCUCCACAAAGUGUUACGAGAUGGACACCAGAACAGUUUACAAGAUUGCAUGAGGCAUCACAGCAGUAUUGUGGAAGUAGGAGUAAUGUGGGGAAACCUGAGGGACCGCCAUGGUUACGGUCAACUGGUCUCCCUCUACUCCAAGCUCCUGAUCACCAAGAUGGAGUUCCACACCAAGCACGCUGACAUCCGCACCAACCUAGAGGCCACGGAUGAAGUUUUUGAGCGGACGGCAGGAACAGAUAUCAACAACGUGUUCCAGCUGACGGUGGAGGUGUUUGACUACAUGGAUGCAGAGCUGAGGGUAGCAGAAGCAGUACUGCGGCAGCUGAACACCUCCAUUGCCAUCUCCACGAUGACCUCGGGUCAGUGCCGGCUGGCUCCGCUCAUCCAGGUCAUCCAGGACUGCAGCCAUCUGUACCACUACUCCGUCAAGCUGCUCUUCAAGCUCCACGCCUGCUUGCCAGCAGAUACUCUGCAAGGCCACAGAGACCGCUUCCUGGACCAGUUUCACAGCCUAAAGACUUUCUUCAAUAAGGCCAGAGACAUGCUCUUCUUCAAGAGGCUUAUCCAGAUUCCUCGUCUGCCUGAUUCCCCUCCUAACUUCCUGCGUGCGUCGGCUCUGGCGGAGCACGUGAAGCCCAUGGUGGUGAUCCCCGACGAGGAAGAGCCUGAGGAGGCCGAGGAAGACGAGCCAGAGCCCCUGAUCGACGUCAGCGACGCGCCGGCCACUAGCAUGGCAGCACCGCCACAGGUGGACAUAUUUGACCAGGCGUUUGGUCCCCCCAAUAACGGCUUUGAUGACAGGGACCUUCAGAUUGAAAGCCUGAAACGGGAGAUCGAGUUGCUACGAGCAGAGCUGGAGAAGAUCAAAGGCGAGGCGCAGCGUUACAUCACACAGCUCAAGUCUCAGAUCAACAGUCUGGAGGCGGAGCUGGAGGAGCAGCGGGUGCAGAAACAGCGCGCCCUGCUGGAGAACGAGCAGCUGCGCAUGGAGCUGGAGAAUACGCGCCGCCGCAACGCCGAGCACGAGGUCCAGCAGAGUCUUUUCACCGAGGCCGACAAGAAAGCCCAGGCCACUGAGCAGCGCUACAACAAGCUGAAGGAGAAGCACGCAGAGCUGGUGUCCCAUCAUGCAGAACUCCUCAGGAAGAGUGCUGAUACAGUGAAGAUGCUGUCAGCCACUCAGCAGACUCAGGAUGAAGUGGAGAGGACCAAACAGCAGCUGGCUUUUGAAGUGGAGCGUGUGCGACAGGAGGCCGAGAUGAAAAUGGAGGAGCAGAAGUUUGAGAUGGAGAAACUUCGAAGGGAGAUGGAGGAAAAGAAUACAGAGAUGGCACGAAUCAAGAGCACACUGGAGGCCAAUACCAAGACGGAUCAGGAGCGCAGCAGCUCGUUGGUGGCGAUGCAGGCGGAGAAGGAGCGGCUGAUGCGCAGUGUGAGCGAGAAGGAGGCGGAGCUCUCGUCCGUCAGACAAGCCCACCAGCUGAAGGAGAGCUCCCUGCAGCAGGAUCGCGAGCGCAGCACCCGAGAACUGGACGAGCUGCACAGCAAACUCAAGGAGAAGGUAACACAUGAGGAGCAGCUGCAGCAGAAGCUGUUGGAGGAGCAGUUUGCCCUGCUGCAGGGCACUGUGACUGAGGCUGAGAGUAUCAUCCAGGAUGCCCUGGCCAAGCUGGACGACCCCCUGCACAUCCGCUGCACCAGCUCACCAGACUACCUGGUGAGUCGAGCUGAGGCAACCCUGGGCUCCAUUGAUAAGGUGAAGACUGGACAUGCACACUACCUGAAGAACAUGAGCGAUGCCGGUGGCCUGCUGAGGGCUCUGACUCAGUUCUCCCACCUGACGGCCGACACCAUCAUCAAUGGCAGCGCCACAGCACAUAUGGCACCCACUGACCAUGCUGACCGACUGACUGAGAACUGUAGGGGUUGUGCAAAUAAGAGUCUGGAGUUCCUGAGGGAUUUGAAGUCUAAAGCAUCACUGAGAUCUGCUGAUCCUGAAGCCAUACGUGCAGCAGUGCAGAAGAUCCUAAUGUUGGGACAGGAGCUGAGGCCCAAGGGAGCUGACGUGGGGAAAGAUGAGCUGGGUGAUUUGGUUGAUAAGGAGAUGGCUUCCACAUCUGCUGCUAUUGAGGAGGCUGUUCGUCGAAUUGAUGAAAUGAUGAAUCAAGCCAGGAAGGACACCCAGGGGGUCAAACUAGAGGUCAACGAGAGGAUCCUGUUCAGCUGUACAGACCUCAUGAAGGCGAUCCGUGCACUGGUGAUCUCCUCCACUGACCUGCAGAAGGAGAUCGUGGAGGGAGAACGGGGCGCUGCAACAAUUAAAGAGUUUUACGCCCGCAACUCGCGCUGGACUGAAGGACUCAUCUCUGCCGCCAAAGCUGUGGGCUGGGGCGCAACUCAGAUGGUGGACUCUGCGGACAAGGUGGUCCUGCACACGGGCAAGUACGAGGAGCUGAUUGUGUGCUCGCAUGAGAUCGCUGCCAGCACCGCACAGCUGGUGGCCGCCUCAAAGGUGAAAGCGGACCGCAACAGUACGAAGCUGAGCACUCUGCAGCAUGCCAGCAGGCGUGUGAAUGAGAUGGCUGCCAAAGUGGUGGCCUCCACCAAAACAGGCCAGGAGCAGGUGGAGGAAAAAGACACUAUGGACUUCUCUGGCUUGUCCCUCAUCAAACUUAAGAUGGAGGAGAUGGAGUCUCAGGUGAAGGUGCUAGAGCUGGAGUCUCAGCUGGAAAAUGAGCGCUUGCGUUUGGGCGAGCUCCGCAAGAAGCACUACGAUAUCGCAGGGGUUCCCCUGGAUGCUGCCGCCCAGGAUAACGGCCUACGUGCCGCCUCUCCCUCGCCAGCCGCUCCCCCCUCACCCAAGCCCUCCAAACCAAGCCUCAUGAAAAAGCCUGCUCUCGCCAGCAAGCCCAACAUCCCCCCCAAGUCUGCGUUCAGGUAAGCUAACGGAGGACCGCGUGCUGAUGCUGACAUGGACCGAGGUCCAAAGAGGAGUUCUUCUCUCCUCCUCCAAUCUGUCCAUCCCUAUAUUACUCCUUUCCUCCCCCAAUCUGUCCAUCCCUCACUCCUCUCUUCCCCCAAUCUGUCCAUCUCUAUAUCCCUCAGAUGAGGACUCCACUGGUUGACUUAACAACUGGAUUUAUCACAUGUCAUUCAAUAUAGGUCCUCAUUUGUGUCCGAACAACUGUUACUGUUUUUUAAAAAGGGCGUUUUGGAGGGAAAAAGUGUAUGUAUCCACUGCAAUAUAUGAUGAUGAAGGGCAAUUUAUGAAGUCUGUGAUGUCACUGAAUUUGUUUUUUUGUGUGUUUUUUCCAGUUUGUACACAUAUAUAGUCAUUUAUAAUUUGUUGUGUUUUUAUGAAUGGGUGUGUGUAUGGGCACUUCAAGUGGAAGCACACAUUCUUUCUCCUCCUUUCUCUGUCAUUUUUUAAUCCCUUUAUGUCAGUCUACUUUUAUUUUGGCCACUCAGGACAAAGCCUUUGAAUGAAUCCCAGUCUUUUCCACCUCUUGGUUAUGUAGAGGAUCCAUGUUCUAGUCCAUAUCAGGAUUUGUGCUUGUGUUGCCUGGAUGUACACCCUCAAAGUCCUGCACAAAUAGAGAUGACACAUUCAUAUUCAGGGAGGUGUACAUCAUAUUGUAAUGAGGUUAUGUGACUGGCUAGUGUAGCAGUAGAUGGAUGUACACUAACUGACUGAUUUAAAAUGAUCUAUUGUAACUUGUAAGUAUCGAGGGAAAAUAUACAAGGUAAACACAGACUUGUGGGGGAAAUUGUGCCUUUCUCUCUUUACAUGAGACUUUUAAGUAUUGAUGGUAUAGUUUUUAUAUUCUCACUCCUCUGCUGCUCUGUGGGGCAUCUAUACUCGUGGGCAGUUCUCUAUGGAUAUAUGGAGACUCAUAGUGGUAGUGUAAUGCAUAGCUCUGCAGUGCAGGUGUGUAUAGCUCACUUUAGGCUCCGUAGAAUAGUGUCACUGUCUGGCCUUCAUCAAACUGCGUUCAACUGCGUUGCCAUAGCUCUGUACGUGUAAUAAGAAGCAUAUUCUCUACACUUAAGAAUUCAAGUGUGUCACUUAAGCACACGUGAUUGGUUUGUCUGCAUGAUUGAGUCGCAUCAAUCGGCUAACCCCUCUUAAAAAUCCCUAAGCCCUUUAAGAUUGGGUGUGUUCAUUAAACAUAUUUUUGGUUUGUUCUGUUUGUUAUUCCUUUGGUGUAAAAUGGAUGUGGGUAUCUGAGAUUGGGUUUAUGUUGGUACUGGAAAAUUCUAGAAUGCUGUGCAUAUCUACUGAGGGUCUGUCAAUGUCUGGGGCCUUUUUAAGGAGAUGCCUAUUCUCUCUUUCUGAAAGGGGUCUUAUAUAAAAAAAAUGCUUUCCUUUUUGUGUUCACUCCUCAUGUCUUUCUAAGAAAACAUGUCUUUAUAUACUGAAAUCAUAUUAAUAUAUUUUAGACUGUGGUAUCCUGAAAUUAAAUAAAUGUACAUGUAAAAUGAACAUUAAACGUUUAUGAAAGAAA